AUGAAUGAAGAGCCACUAUUAAAGACAAAUAACAAAUUACCUAUUGAUAAUGAUAGCGACAAUGAAAACAAAAGUGUUUCUGACUGGCAUCAAUAUUUCAGUCGGCAAAAGACUGAUGCUAAGAAUAAAAACAUAGAUGAUGAGAUCAAACAGACUACUGUAGAAAUUCAAGUCAGUCUUUUACAAUUGUUUCGAUUUGCUGAUCGUGUUGAUCUUGUUCUUCUAAUAACUGCUCUGUGUUUUAUGUUGGGGAAUGUAGUUUGUACUCUCGCGAAUGCAAUUCUUUUUGGUCGAAUCACGGGUUUAUUUGCCACUACAUCAUUUACUGUUGAUUGUGAUAAUCAAUAUCAAAAUUCAGUAUCUACAACUAUCAAUAAUAGUAUAUGUCUUUUCGGUAUUGAUCUUAAUCCAUUAAAUUAUGAUCGAUUACAUAAACUAUGCCAUUAUCAUAAUAAAACUAUGUCAUCCACAUUACCUCCAUUAACACCUUUAUUUCGAGAAAAUGUUAUGAAUUUAGUUUAUUUGUUCUGCAUUGUUGUUGGUAGUUCAAUGAUAUUUGCUAAGGUUAUUACUAAAGAAACAAAAGAACAAUUAAAUACAUAUUCAAAAGCUGGACAAAUCGCUCAGGAAGUAUUUGGUUCAUUAAGAACUGUUCUUUCAUUCAAUGGAAGUAAAUACCAACAAAAACAAUAUGAUAAAGAACUAAAAUUAAAUGAAUGGUGUACUGUUCGUAAAGAUGCAGCGUUUGGUGCUUAUUCUGGUUUGUUAUUUUUUAUAAAUUUUUUAGUCUAUUCAAUUGGUUUCACUUCUGGUUCUAUUCUUAUGGCUUAUGGAAAUCAUCGAACACUGACCAUUAGUGAUAUUCUUGUUGUUGUAAAUAUGUUUGCACAAGCUUUAGGUCUUCUUAAUGCAAUUGGUCCUUUCUUCCAAUCAAUUGCGGAAGCUCAAGGUGCAGCAGUAUCCGUAUUUCGACUUAUUGAUGAGGCACACAAUGAAAACAUCAACGAAAGAGAAAUAUUGCAAGAGAACAUAUCUGAUGAAAAAUCUAUUUCUAAUAUCAAUGGUGAUAUUGAAUUUGACAAUGUUAGUUUUUCUUAUCCAUCUAGAGAGAGUACAACAGCUUUAAAUAAUCUUAAAUUCAUUGCUCGUGCUAAACAAACAACUGCUCUUGUGGGUUCAAGUGGUUGUGGAAAAAGUACAUGUGUAUCACUUCUUCUUCGUUACUAUGAACCUUCUUCAGGCAGAAUCAUGAUUGAUGGUCAAUCAAUUACAAAUUAUAAAAUCAAACAAUUUCGACAAAAUAUUGGAGUUGUCAGUCAAGAGCCUAUUUUAUUUGGAAUAAAUAUUUAUGAAAAUAUUCGUUAUGGUAAAUUGAAUGCAACACGUGCAGAGAUUGAACAAGCAGCAGAACAAGCUAAUGCACAUAAAUUCAUUAUGAAAUUACCAAAGAAAUACGAAACACUUGUUGGUGAACGUGGUAUACAAUUGAGUGGUGGGGAAAAACAACGUAUUGCAUUAGCUCGUGCCCUUGUUAAACAACCCAACAUUCUUUUGUUAGAUGAAGCAACGAGUGCACUUGAUAAUGUUAGUGAAAAAAUUGUUCAAGAGGCACUUGAUCGAGCAUGCAAAAAUCGUACAACUAUAGUUAUUGCUCAUCGUUUGACUACGAUUCAAAAUGCUGAUUAUAUCUAUGUAUUAGAUAAAGGAAGUGUAAUUGAUGAAGGUACACAUGAAACAUUAUUGGCAAAAGAAGGAGGAAAAUAUCAAACAAUGGUUAAAAUGCAACAAUCUGAAAAUACGUUUCAUAGACAAGAGAGUCUGAUGCAAAUGGAAAAAGCAGCAGCUGAAGAUGAAGAACAAUUAUUGGGAAGUGUUCGUCUAUUGGGUGAGAAUGAAGCAAUUGAUAUAAAUCGAAGAGCUUCCAUAUCAACAAGAGGAAAAUAUGUCUUUCUAAGACUCUUGAAGAUGAAUAGUCCUGAAUGGAAAUUUAUCUUGAUUGGUUGUUUAGUAUGCAUACUUGGUGGAUUACGUGGACCAGUCUUCUCUAUUAUAUUAGCAAAAAUAAUCAAUGAAUUUAAUGAUUGUAAAUACACUGACAUACAUCGUCGAGUGUUGAUUACAAGUGGUUUAUUAAUUCUUACCGGUGUUGUUUUUAUGAUUUUUCAUUUUUUUCAAGUAACUAUAUUAUUUCACAACUAUAUCAAUGAGUUUUUUCAUGUUUGUUUACAGUUUGUGGCUUUUGGAGUCGCAGGAGCGAAAUUAGUUAGUCGCAUUCGUUCAAAAGCUUUCGCAUGUUUUCUUCGCCAAGAAGUAGCUUAUUUUGAUCGACCUGAAAACAGUUCUGGUGCUAUAUGUAAUCAACUCUCUUCUAAUGCAGCUGCCAUUGAAGACAUGACUGGUACAAGAUUAGGUGUUAUUUGUCAAGGUUUAUCUAUGUCUGUUUUUGGCUGCGUGCUUGGGUUUAUUUACAACUGGCAAUUAACAAUAAUCAUAGCGAUUCCUUUCGUUGUCCAGCUGAUUUCCACUACUAUUAAUAUACGAUUGGGUUCAUGGUUCAAAACACAAUCUGAUCUCAUUUACUCUCAAGCUAGCACGCUUGCUGUUGAAGUGAUUACCAAUAUGCGCACAGUAAAACAAUUAUCAAUGGAAAAAGAAGUUUUAGAACAAUAUUCAAAUAUGAUUGAUCAAAUACUAAAAAUAUCUUGGAGAUCUGACGCAGUGUUUGCAACAAUGAUUGGAGUGUUGUGGACAUUGAGUCCAUUGACUUUGGGACUUUUGUAUUGGCGUGCUUUGAUUCUUGUCGAAAAAAAUGAACUAGACAUGAGCAGUGUUGUUAUGAUUUCUGCUUUUGGAAUAUUCGCAUUAGAAUCACUAAAAGUUGUUGGAAUGAUAGCACAGCGUAUCGGCGCAUCAUUUGCUGCUGCUCAUGCUUUUUUUGAUCUAUUUGAUCGAAUACCAACUAUUGAUAAUGGAUCGAAUAAAGGACAAAAACUAACAAACUUUAGUGGAGAAACAGAAUUUAAUCAAAUUAAAUUUAUUUAUCCAACUCGUCCAACAGUUCUUGUUCUUAAUAAACUUCAAUUAUCUAUUAAAUCAGGUCAACGUAUAGCUCUUGUUGGUGCAUCUGGAUGUGGAAAAUCAACAAUAGUUCAAUUAUUAGAACGAUUUUAUGAUGUUACACAUGGACAAUUGACUCUUGAUGGUAUUGAUAUUCAAAAAUUAAAUCUUCAAUGGCUACGUUCUCGUUUGGGUAUUGUUAAUCAAGAACCAGUUUUAUUUAAUUUAACAAUUGCUGAAAAUAUAACAUAUGGAUUAGAAAAUAUACCAAUGGAUGAGAUUGUUCUUGCUGCAACCAAAGCUAAUAUUCAUGAAUUUAUUCAACAAUUACCUCAAGGUUAUGAUACAAAAGUUGGAGUAAAAGGUAGUUUUUUAUCAGGUGGUGAAAAACAACGUAUUGCUAUUGCUCGAGUUCUUAUUCGUCAACCUAAAAUAUUAUUAUUAGAUGAAGCUACAAGUGCUAUGGAUUCAUAUAAUGAACGAAUAGUACAAGAAACUCUUGAACAAGCUCAAACAGAAGAUCCUAGUCGAACAUCAAUUAUUAUUGCACAUCGUCUUUCAACAAUACGUUCAUGUGAUUUAAUACAUGUACUUGAAAUGGGUCGUAUAGUUGAAAGUGGUACUCAUACUGAACUACUACAAAAAGGUGGAAUUUAUUAUAAAAUGUUAAAUGCUCAAAACAACGUACAAUAA